AUGGUUGAGCGUCGCUUCAAACGGCCUCGCGAUGCGAUGAUUGGUUCCGCGAGAAAGCCAGCAGCGACUGGAAUCCACACUGGAAUCCACACUGGAAUCCACACUGGAAUCCGGGACACAUACCACGGCUUCAAGAACUCGGUUCUGAACCCGAAUCGACUACGCGACACAACUGUGGACCGUCCCCGCGUCCAACCUCCGCCUUGCAGAACCUCAUCGCGAGCGGAACACGGCCACGACAAUGGUUCUGUGAUACGCUACGGACGCACGUUAGCGGCGUCUCUUUCUGCGCACGACAAUGAAGCGAGUACCAAUCUCCUCAUCGCCGCCCGCCCCGGCUUACUCGUCUCCACGCGUCGUCGUUGUCCCUUACUGGCUGGCAAAGAGGAGCGGCUACGAUAUCUCCGUGCGCGUCGCGAAUCUGCAUCUCCCACCAUUACACAUGUCUCUUCAAGAAGUCUUACCCCUUCCCCUCCCGAGCUCGCCCUCCAUGGUCGGCCCAAAGAGAUUGUUCUUCGUUCUCCGAGUCCAGCACGGUCUCGCUCACCGCAAUCCAAACCAUACAGGAUGACGAGAGCAGGGAGAAUCUCCGACCAUGGCAAUGAGACUCCGCGUUCGAUCCCUACCGACGCGACUCCUACGGGAUCGAGGCCUCAAGUUACCCCUCGUCUACUUCGUCUUCUCCCGGUCGAUACGUCCCAAUAUACCUCCGAGAGCAUACCAACAUCUGCCGUGACCACUUCCAGUACAUCCCUUGCCGAGCUCGCCUACCUUGUACGCCUGCAGAAACACCAUGAACAUCGCCAGAGCCAUGCAAAGUCUCGCCUCCACCGUCGCUUGGUCGCCUUUGCUUUGAACGCCCGCUUGGUAAACUGUGGAAGACUCGCAUACCGCGCCCUCGUGGAUAACUUUCGCUCGGAUGACAAGAAGAGUUUCGCAACUCUAUACAACGCCCUUCAUGAUGUACGAGCUUCUUGCGACGACACCCGUCGCUUCGCCCUUCUGGACCUGGAAUUGCAACAUCAGAUCCAGGAUGAAGCGAAUACCGCAAGUGCCGUAGAUGAGCCGAAGAAGCCGGUAUUUGUAACGACAUGGCUACAUGCCCUUCCGUCGUCGAUAAGACAAGAUAUCCUGACGUUCCUCUCCGCUAUUCGGACGAAUCCGUCGUUCCUUGCUUCUCGUCUGGCCAGUCUGUCACACUCUGACCUCCUUAACCUUGUGUCGUCAAGAUCCUCGCUUGACUAUGCGGAGAGCGUUUUCUCGUCCCAGUCCGGCCCCAAUGUACCAAAGUCCAAUGGAAAACCUGGCAGCAUCAAUACCGCGGCACCGAAGGCCGGGCCAAGUCAAACAGAACGUCUUCUCUCCUUCGCUCGGCAUGAUCCUUUCUCUUCCUUGUUGUUCACCAUCUUUGGCUCCACUUCCACGCCGGACUCGGCUGAGGACAAGCUCCGCACUGAUGCUUGGGCACUCUCCUGUGCCAAGCUUAUCGUCGAGCACAAAAACGGAUGGAACAAAUUCUUGGAAUUAUCCCUAGACGCAUGGGCGGCCAUGAGGCACUGGGGAGCCAAACCAAACCUGGAAGCCUGGUUGAUGGGCGUUCUGGAGGACGGCCAAUUCCUGCUUCAGGAGGCUCAGCCUGGGUCACGCCUCCGACAAGGACAGUUCUCUACGGAUGUAAAUACCAAGGAUACCAUACGGGCGGAGGAGUUCUUCGACUCUGCUAUUCUCAAACUAUUCGAGCUCAUCGGUAGCGACUCGUCGUCCGGGGGUCUUCCCGAAGGUGCCAUCGAACUCGGCCAAGCAAUUGUUCGAGCGCUGCAUUCGUCGACCCUGCCUGGGGCAGAGAAGCGUCAUCGGGCCGCCAUUCGUCAUUAUGUAGUAUUGCAAUGGUUCUUCUUGCAUUACUUGACCGAUGCCAUCGUCUGGCCCGAAGCUCACGGUAUGAUGAUGGGCUACCACGUCUCGGAGCACGCCAGGCAACAGAUAUUCAGGGUGAUAUCUCAGCGUGUUCAGAAGCAAGCCAACGAUUUGCUCAGCUGGCACUUCAACAAGCCCGCUGCAGGCCAUUCGCAACGGACCGGAGCGCCUACCCUCCCGGAGAUACGCGAGAAGAUUGAUGGGCUUGAGUCGAUUUUCAAACUGGGGAAGGGGUCCGGUACAGGCCAUGCCACAUUUGAUACAUACCCCACCGCGUCGUCAAAGACCCUCCUAGUGUCGUCCAAAUCGGUGGUAUCGCCUGCCCGCGAGACCAUGCAAGUGCAGCCGUUCAUCGUCGUCUCUCCCUCCGACAUUGUCACCCUUGUUGAUGCCUUGUUUCCCAACCGUCGUCCAGCUUCGUCGUCGAGUUCUACCCUCAACUUCAGGCACACGCUUAAGCAAGCGUCCAGCCAACUCAGCCUGACGAACGCCAGCAUCUUAGGCGCGUCAUCUCUUUCUAGUGCACCUGUUCCCAUUCGCCCAUCGUCGGUGUCAACAAACGCCACUGCUCACUCUAUUUCUGCUUUAGCAUCCACGCCGGGUGAUGGCAGCUCGGUGCUAUCGGCAUCUGCCAGUAGCGCCACGUCGGACACCACAGCGAUUAGCCGUGUUCCGUUGCUUGAUGAUGGCCAGGGUGCACGCGGCCGGUCUCAUGAGCUGGGCCACAAGCAAAGCACGGAGUCAUACGGCCUGACUUCAUCGUCCUCAUGUGAAGAUUUGACGAGCCCGGAUGGAGACGUGCAACCAUCUGAGGAGUACGGCAUACGCCUUCGACGCACUUGCCAAGAAAUGCUCCGCGCUCUCAGCGCGGCCUCUUCCAAGAGCACUCCUACUUUUGCGUCUGGGAGCCAAGCCCAGAUCGGAAGCCUCGGGUCUUGCCAUCCCGCGGCGGAAAAAUGGACCGUCUUGUUUGUCAGUCAAGAUGGUCGGGAACUCGAACUGAAUGUCUCAGGGGCUGGUGGAGUGGACGGCGAGGAUGAAGAAGGUACUAGCGAGGAAGACGAGGAGGAUGCCGUUGAUGGCGCGAUGCGAAACUCAAUGCAUCCACAUCCACCGACCUCACACAUACGACCAAGUCAACGUGCUGUCGACCUUGAGGCGGACUACCACGAGCUCAAACUCGCAAUCUCGAGACUUGUUGAAGAAUAUGAAGUGCCCAAAGAAAUGGUCUACCAUGAUGACCAUAAGGCGGCUGGAAGGACAGCUAGUGCUGCAAGAGGUCGAUCGAUUGAAGGAUCGAAGAAUCCUUACCAUGCAAGUGGGAUCCAUGACCAAUCUCAAUCAGGUCCACAGUCAUAUACCCCGUCCCGCCAUCAAUCUACUGGAACCAAUUCUGGUGGAGCUCAUCGUCAUACCCCCGAGCCAUCGGACAACCGUACACAUCCACCUUCGCUUCUGCUCUCCAUGUUGGAGUCGGCCUAUCAUGCCUCGGCCCUGAGCUCAGACUACAUCAGUGCAAGCACGUACCACAAUACCAUCCUCCAACUCCGAUCAAUCUCAUCGUCGUCCUUAACUCGCAACAACUAUGCUGCAUUGCUGCACAUGUUCUCGCGAGGACCACGGGAAGCAUUGGCGCGCGCAGGAACCACCAUGCGUGUCCUCGAUCGAUGGAUCGACUGGCUCACUAUGGCCGAUGAACGCCUUGAAGGCCGCAUCGAUGAGAUGAUGGAAAGCGUGAAUGACUUGCGUGACAAGAUGUGGUAUGUCACUGAUGUGAAGAAUAGCGCGGGUUACGAGAACGCGCGGAACGUGGCGGUCGCGUUGAGAAUCAUGGGGCAAGUUCCACUGAUGCCUGGUGAUGCUCCUGCUUCGGGCACCGAUGCUGUCGCCCAGGCCAAGAACUCAUUCUCCCAUGGGCUCACUGCAGUCGCCAUGGCGCGAGCUCGAGGUCUCGGAAGGCAAUCUUCCGGCAACGAGUUUCUCGUGAAGACUGAAGCGCAGACUCUGGACCUACUCGCUGCCGGACCGGAUCAGGGUGGCUUGAACAAGCUUACGGAUGAGCAAAGUGAUAUGACAGCGAACUGGCUUCGACAAGGGGGCGUGGAGAAUUUCUGCAAAGGUGAAGAACGCAUUCAUCGAUUCACCCUGGAAAUCGAGAAAUGUGUCAACAAAAUCAUCGGCGAUGGCAUCAUGGAUGGGCCGGUCCUUUGGAGCAGCGAACUCUACCGUCGUGAUCGUGCGCUUUUGGAUGGAAAAGGCAAAGGUGACUGGUGGACGGGUAUGAUUGGAAUGGGACUAGAUGAUGGCAGUGAUGGCCUGGUUACUCCUGGCAGGACGCAAUCGUCUUCGCAGUCCCGUCCAGGCACUGCGCAGACCGCCAGCAGUCUCCGAGGUUUAAGUGCCGCAAACAUAUCGCAACAGAGCAUCGACUCGAGCAAAUGGGGUACAGGCCAUCUGAUGGACUCUCCGGAUUAUUUUGGCUUGGGAUCCCUGUCGAUCAGCAUCGACUUGAACGUGACGUUUUGGUCCCCAUUCUCGCUUGCACCGAAACAAGAUGCAGCCAUCUCUCCGUCCGGUCCCGGACGUCGGCCGGGAACAUCUUCAUCCAUGAAGAGCACGACGACCAUCCUCAAGCCCGCGUCGCCACUCAAUGAAGGCAAGCGAAUGUUUCUUUUGACGCUUAAAAGGUCACUGACGGGUCUCCUCCUCUCGGAUCUCGGCUCACUAGUCUUCCAUUCCGGUGCGGAAACGGACUCCUGGUUCUCAGGUGAUUUAGGCACAGAAUGCCUUCAACGCAAAGAAGAAGAAGAUAGGAAAAAGCGGCGCAUGAAGAAGAAGAAGAGCAUGCGGAACCUAAAAGCCAAGAACGAGCAGUUGAGACAGGAGACACACUCACAUAACCGCGGAAGCUAUCCACUGGAAACGCUCGGGCGGGGUGAGCGGAGUGAUCCUGCCCCGCCAGUUUCAACAUUACACCAUGCUAGCACGAAUGCCGCGGCAGCCGACUCUAUAUCCGCCGGCGAGUACUCGACCAGCUCGAGUGAAGCCAACCGGUCAUCUGCAGUCGUAGCUUCAAGCCUACUACAGCUCAAGCGUGACGAUCCCAACGACUUUCCAUACCAGACCGCUUUCCGCGGGCUCCUGGCUAAAUUUGCGAGGCACCCAAGUCCUUUCGCGAAGCUCGAAGCGCUGUACGAGCUGGAGCAGCUCAUUGUCGCUCAGUUAUCGGCAAAGACAGGGCGGCAGCUUGGCAGUGUGCGACGAGAUCAAGAAAGAGGCAAUGUGUCGACCCAAGCCGCCGCUACCGUGACGGCAGGGGCGCGGGAGCUUAGCAUGGCUGGCCGGACCUCAGCCGUGCCUGGUGUGACCACCGCUCAGAAUCUCCAGGAGGCCAUCCAGAACUGUGCGGAGCGUCGUUCACACAGCAUGACGACUUCCGCAAAUGGCGUGGUCACUUCACCAAAAUCUCCCACCGCCCUUCGAAGUUCAGACCCGUUGUCUUCUCAGGCAGGUCACCGUCGCUCACCAGAGCCGUCCCAGCGUGGAUCUUCCAUUCCAUCUAUGGAUAUGAUCGUUGAAGUCAUGCAGCACCUCUUCAGCGACGCGGAAAUUCGACCCAGAACGCUUUUUCGCGACCUGCAAUACAUUGCUGCCUUCGUUCCUGCACAGCAGCUGGAUCGUAGUGCGAAAGGCAAGGCAUUUUGGGACGCCGGGCUCGCUGCGCUUGGACUCAAAGAGGACGUCUGUCGGCUCAUGGUGGAGAUCGCGGACGAUAUCGUGGCAGCAAACACUCAAAAUCGUACGUCCGCAGCUGCUAGCGCUGGCAAUACACUGGCAACUGCAAACAAUGCAUCUGCUUCUCCCCCCGCCUCGACGGAACACCCGGUAUCCAACGAUGCCUCCGGACCCUCAAGUGCCUCUCAGCCAGCAGAUCCAGUAUCACGUUUCACGAUGUCCGAUGCAGCACGCAUGCUCAUCAUUACCGCCAAAGAAGGAGACGCUGCUGCAGAGCGAGAGUUGGCCAUUCUGUACCUCACUCAUCCUGACCUACUUCCCCGAACCGUCUUGCCGCUCACGCCACCUGGAAAGGUGUUCAAAUCGGAGCUGCUUAGCGCGAGGGACCGUAAGCGCGAAGAUCCCGCGAGAAGCGAUCCGAUGACCAUGUGCGUUGCGCAGCAUUGGAUGGAGAUGAGUCGCAAGGGAGGUGAUUCGCUGGCAACGAAGUAUUUGAGAGCGAGAGAUGAGAUCGAGAGUAUUCCUUGA